GCAACGGCAAACGCAAGCACCGCCACCACCACAACAACCCACCAACCAUGUCUGGCAAGACAUCCAAGACAGCCACCCUCAGGAAGGUGGAGCUGCCAAAGGAGACACCCGAAGGUGGAGAUGUGCUGGCUCCAGGAUCACUGAAUCCUCGUCGUAUGCGCCGUAUCAUUGCCGAGGACAAAUCGUGGAACCAGGACCGGGUGCCGUCACUGGUCGACCUCUGUGUCGGCGCCAUCGUGCGCAACUUCAAGGACCACCCAGUCACAGACCAGCUGCCACCAGAGUUUCGCCAGCGCGUCCUUGACGAGCUGCCCUCCAAUCUCCCGCUGGACCUUACUGUGAAGCUCAUCUCCGACGAAAACUACUGGAAGCGCGCUGCUACCAUCAUGACAGAUCAGGUCCACGAUGUCUCCAAGCACGGCGACUCAUGGAAGCGCCUCUUCUUCGAGAAAUACGUGCAAAAUAUGGUGGAGUCAUACAUUCCAGGCACAAGUGCAGAGGAGCCGCUCCACCGUGUGCUUGCCCUCGCCAAGGAAUACGUCGUGUCCUUGACGAUCACAAGCCUACAGCCGCCAGCCAAGGCAGCGGUAGAGCAGGUGCUUGCACCGCACGCGCUGCCAGAUGAGCUGAGCAUCCAGGGCGCACUGUCAUCCUCACGGAAGGACGCGUCUCGCCUCAUCAGCCUGCUUGAUGAUCCAAAUGCCAUCCACAAGGACAAAGGAGACGCGACCGGGAACGCAGGCAACGACAACGACGAUGAUGAUGAUGAUGACGAUGAUGACGACGACGAUUCUGUGAUUGCAGACCAUCUCGACAUUGGCGCAGUGGUCGAGCAGCUGCCAAACCUCCAGUCGUUGAGUCUCUGCUACAAGGUCAAGGACUGUGGGAUGAAGUUCAACUGGUCCAUGUUCGGCAUGACGUCCGGCGAUGCACAGAUGCUGGCAGAGUGUGCCAAGUACAGCGGCAAGCUGCGUUCCCUCUCCGUGACAGAAAGCAUGAUGAACGACCGCCACGUUCGCCGUCUCGCUUCCAAACUUCUGGACAACGAAUUCCUCACACGCCUCGACCUCUCCCACAACGAAAUCUCAGACAAGGGUGCGCGCGGACUGGCCAAACUGCUGAACGCGCAUUCGAAGAUCACAUACCUGUGCCUGGCAAACAACCAGAUUGCUGAGCACGGCGCGCUGGCGCUGGCCAAGGCCAUGAGGAACAACAACGUGCUGACCACGCUGGAUUUGCGGCUCAACAACAUAGGCGACAAGGGCGCAUACGCUCUUUUCAAGGAGCUUGCGCACAAUUCAACCCUCACCACGCUCAACGUCAGCAGCAACAACCUCACCCAUCGCUCCACCGCAGCCCUUGGAGAGAUGCUGGAGAAGAACACGACUCUCAAGUAUCUUGACAUCACCUGCAACGAACUCGGCGAUCCUGCCGGAAAGCUGGCUGGCUCUGUGUGUGACCUCUGUGUUGUUUCUCGUUGCGAUUUGUGUGGACCAGACGUAAAGGUCUGUCAGUGCAUCUGCCAGCCAUGA